UGACAUAUUCUCGGAUCGCAGCAAAAAUUGCCGCAGAUUCUCCGAAAAUUUUCAAUCUCUACAUGCCCCACAAAAAUCCUUCCCUAUAAUUGGAUAUCACUCUCCCCGACCCCUGUACUCCAUAGUCUUGCCCACUGCACUUGGCGAGCUCGGCAGAGGUAUGUCUCGCAUUCGCGUUACCGUCUCUUCUGUACUGCUUCUGCUCUUCUGUGCCGCCGCUGCAGGAUCAACCUUCGAUGACGCUAAUCCUAUCAGACUUGUGUUCGACCGUCUUCGCGACUUCGAAGCUUCCGUAGUAAAAGUCAUCGGCCACACGCACCGCGCUCUUUCCUUCGCUCGUUUUGCUCACAGGUAUGGAAAGAGGUAUGAGACCGAGGAGGAGAUGAAGCUGAGGUUCGCGAUUUUCUCUGAGAAUUUGGAUUUGAUUAGAUCCACCAACAAGAAAGGGUUGCCAUACACUCUUGCCGUUAAUGAUUUUGCUGAUUGGACCUGGCAAGAAUUCCGAAAACACAGAUUAGGAGCUGCUCAGAACUGCUCUGCCACCACAAAGGGCAAUCACAAGCUUACUGAUGCUGUCCUACCAGAAACGAAAGACUGGAGGGAAAAAGGCAUAGUCAGCCCGGUUAAGGAUCAAGGCCAUUGUGGUUCUUGCUGGACUUUCAGCACCACUGGAGCUCUUGAGGCAGCCUAUCACCAGGCUUUUGGAAAGGGAAUCUCUUUGUCUGAGCAGCAGCUUGUGGAUUGUGCUGGUGCUUUUAAUAACUUUGGCUGCAAUGGUGGAUUGCCUUCGCAAGCCUUUGAGUACAUCAAAUACAAUGGUGGUCUUGAAUCUGAGGAAGCAUAUCCCUACACUGGAAAAGAUGGUACUUGCAAAUUCUCAUUGGAAAAUGUUGGUGUCCAGGUGCUCGAUUCUGUCAACAUUACCCUUGGUGCUGAAGAUGAAUUGAAGCAUGCAGUUGCCUUUGUUCGUCCUGUUAGCGUGGCUUUUGAAGUUGUCAGCGGUUUCCGUUUUUACAAGAGUGGAGUUUACACCAGUGAUGUUUGUGGCAAAACUCCGAUGGAUGUGAACCAUGCUGUUCUGGCAGUUGGGUAUGGAGUCGAAGAUGGUGUUCCAUAUUGGCUAAUUAAGAACUCUUGGGGUGAUAAUUGGGGUGAUAAUGGCUAUUUUAAGAUGGAAUUGGGGAAAAAUAUGUGUGGUGUUGCAACUUGCGCAUCAUACCCUGUUGUAGCUUAAUACAACUGUGAAGAAACGGGAGCUACUUGAUGAGUAAUUUGUGGUAAUAAGAUUUGUGUUUCAGUAGCUCAUGAAGUUACGAAUCUGUCUCUGGGGUGAAAAGUCAUUGUGUGAAGAUGAUUGUGUUGGCUUCAUGUAUAAAAUAAGACCCUGGAUGCAAUCUAAUGUACACUAGACAAGAAAGAACUCGUGUAAAUUCCGAAUUUCGAUUGUGUCAUGUGAAGUCCUAUAUCAGUGCAUAAUAGGAAACUCAAUUCUCCAA